AUGAAGCUCAUCACCACCCUCCUCACUGUCCUCGGUGCCGUCGCCAUUGGCCAGGCAGCUGACUGCAGCGGCGCCAGGCAAUGCCAGUGUCUCUUCCAGGACGGCUCCCACUGCUGUGUCUACGGCUACAAUGCGCAAACCGGCGACACUUCCGACUGUACUGCUGUCUGCAGCGGUGCUUCUCGCCUCCUGCAGAGCGGCGAGAACACACCCGCCAAGUGCAACGCUGGCGGAAAGUUCUCCUGCGUCGGUCUCAUUACCGCUCAAGGCCGUACUCCUUGCUACAACGACAACGAGGUUCCCGUCUAA